GCAUGCGUCUCAUGUUUUACAGAUACUCCGACCACACCAUUGAGGCCCUAGAGAUGUUUGACAAUGAUGACAAGAUUGACCUUGAGCUGAUCUUGGCACUGAUUCGCCACAUUGUGCUCAAAGAGGAGGAAGGAGCAAUCUUGGUCUUCCUGCCUGGCUGGAGCGACAUCAGCAGUCUCAAUGACCUGCUCACGGCUCAGCAGAUGUUCCGAUCAGAUCGGUUCGUCAUCAUCCCUCUGCAUUCCCUCAUGCCUACCGUUAAUCAGACCAUGGUGUUCAAAAGGCCUCCUCCUGGAGUUAGAAAGAUUGUGAUCGCUACCAAUAUAGCCGAGACCAGCAUUACCAUAGAUGACGUUGUUUAUGUGAUUGACGGAGGCAAGAUUAAAGAGACACACUUUGACACCAACAACAACAUCAGCACUAUGACUUCAGAGUGGGUCAGCCUGGCCAACGCUAAACAGAGGAAAGGACGUGCCGGCAGAGUGUGUCCGGGGAAGUGCUAUCACCUGUACAAUGGUCUCAGAGCCAGCCUGCUGGAUGCCUAUCAGUUACCUGAAAUCAUGAGGACACCGCUGGAGGAGCUCUGCCUGCAGAUCAAGAUAUUGAGGCUCGGGUCUAUAGCCCAAUUCCUAGGGAAAGCCCUGGACCCCCCGACUGAAAAGGCUGUUAACCUAGCCAUCAAGAACCUCAUUGACCUGAACGCCCUGGACCAUUCAGAGAAUCUGACAGCGCUGGGUUUCCACCUGGCUCGUCUGCCUGUGGAGCCUCACAUCGGCAAACUCCUCCUGUUCGGAGCCCUGUUGGGCUGCCUGGACCCCGUGUUCACCAUCGCUGCUUCACUCAGCUUCAAAGACCCUUUCUUCAUCCCCCUGGGGAAAGAGAAGAUGGCAGAUAUGAGGAGGAGGGUCCUGUCCAGAAACUCCAAGAGUGACCAUCUCACUAUUGUCAACGCCUUUCAGGGCUGGGAGGAAGCGAAACAGCGUGGUUCCAGGUGUGAGAGGGAGUACUGCUGGGACAACUUCCUGUCCGCCAACACACUCCAGAUGCUGCACAACAUGAAGGGUCAGUUUGCUGACCAUCUCAUGAACACAGGCUUCGUCAGCAGCAGAGACCCCAAAGAUCCCAAAUCUAAUGUCAACUCAGACAAUGAGAAAUUAAUCAAGGCAGUGAUUGUAGCCGGUCUCUACCCGAAGGUGGCCAUGAUCAAACCAUCUCACAGCAAAAAGAGGCCGGGGGUCAAGGUGUACACCCAGGCUGAUGGAAAGGUGUGCAUCCACCCAAAAUCAGUCAAUGCUGAAGAGACGGAGUUCAACUACAAGUGGCUCGUCUACCACCUGAAGAUGAGAACGAGCAGUAUCUUCCUGUACGAUUGCACUGAGGUGUCCCCGUUCUCACUGCUGUUCUUUGGAGGAGACAUCACAAUCCAGAAGGACGAGGACCAGGAGACCAUCGCCGUGGACCAGUGGAUCGUCUUCAGCUCCCCGGCACGCAUCGCUCACCUGGUCAAGAGUUUAAAGAAAGAGUUGGAUUCUCUUCUGGAAGAGAAAAUUCGUAACCCUGCUCCUGUAGACUGGCAAAACCGUCAGUCCAAAGACUGUGCUGUCAUCACCGCCAUCAUAGACCUCAUCACCACCCAGGAUAAGCCUACAGUCAGCAGCACCAAAGGCACAUUAUGGAGGCCUGCUCCGAGAGGACAACACACUCACUUCAAAGACGGCAAUGAUGAUGACGAUGAUGAUUAGAAGAGGCCAGGUUCUUGGCUGGAUAUGAAAAGAAUGACUUCGAACCUAAAUCCUUGGACACAGAGGUUAGAUGAGAUAUUCAUAAUAACCAGCUGGUCUCCUUGAUGAUGCUCCUGAAGGCCAAACCCAGGACGCAAGAUUACUGGAGAACAUUCUGCACUGUAAUUGUUUGCCUAUUCUGUCAUUAUUUUUGCAAGGACCAAUCCGUGUUUGGAUAUCCUCAGUAGCGGUUUUGUUUAUUUUGUACAAUUCUGGUUAAGUUCUAUCUAUUUUUUAUUUUCAAGCAAUUUCACUUGUGGAGUGCGCAAUAAAGAAAAAAUGGACGAACAAAAUGUCUGGGUCAGUUUAAUCUGCCCUACUAUGUUGUAAAAUUGUAGGAAUUCAAACACAAAAUAACCAUUACCCAUGGAAUGGAAUUUUUCUGAGUGAAUGUGGGAUUGCACAAUUUCUUCAGAGCUUUGAGAGAGCAAUCACUAACAUCACCUGGGUAGUAUUUGGUUGGAAUGAACACCUGCAUUGCUGUAAACCUUCAGCAGCACACGGCUGCAUAUUUGAUUUAAAAGCCCAAAUCUCAAACGUGCUUUUGGCUCAAGGAUUUAUGCACC